AUGGCUACCUUGACAGAGGAACGUAUUGAACCUUACGAGGUCAUAUCCUGUGUGCCACACUCGAAGCCCGUCCUAGUUAGCCAACGGCCAGGAUACGAUCGUCAUGUCUUCGCUGAGCGCCCCCUACUAAGUGCUCUGCUUUUCGACAAUGUCGAUUCCGAUGCUCGCGACCACUGUGCAAACGAGAGGACAUUUCUUUCAUGGUUACGGCUGGCUAUUUACAUGGCUGUUGUCAGUGUAGCCAUCCUCAUCUCAUUCCAUCUCAAGAACCAGCCUUCGACACUGGAACGAAAGAUAGCGCUCCCAUUUGGCAUCAUCUUCUGGUUCCUUGCUCUCGCUUGUCUCGCUAGUGGGACGGCGAAUUACAUCAAGACUGUAGAGAAGUACUCGAAGCGACAAGCCUUGGUACAGACUGGCUGGAAGACGCAGAUGGUCUUCACAAUUGUCGCGACAUCGAUCGUGGCUGCAUGUGUGCUGUUUUUGUCGACAAACGCUGGAGCGAAGCAGCGAACCCGCUGA